UGUGACAUAAGAUAACACACAGUUCUGUCAUCUUUAUCUCCAAGGCCAAAUCUCUCUCUCUCUCUCUCUCUGCGUAACGUGGGAUAUAGCAGAACCUUCAAAUUCAAUCUUCAAAGCAGGAGCGCACUAGCAGUCACUUCAUAUACUUUCAUAACCCAAAUAAUCUCUCUGGAUGCGUACACACUUGUCUACAUGAACAAGCAUUUCAAUGGCGGCUGUUAUAGCUUUAAGUUUUUCACAUAUAUCUAAUCUUAUUUCUCAUAAAUUUCAAUUUCUUUCACACUAUCUCCUAAACCAAAACAAACCCAUGUUUUCUCAUUUCUUCUUCUUCUUCCUUUUCUUCUUCGCCUUCUCUAUCUCUUUCUUUGUCUCUCUCUUUUUUCUGUAUAAAACCCUCAAUAGGACAAAGCGAGAAGAGAAACAGACCCAUCAUGUUAUAAACCAUUCUCUAUCGAAGAUAAUCGAUGAAACUCGCAAUACCCGAGAAAAUGACCCCACCCACUUAUCCCAUUCCCUCCUUCUCGAUAUCUUGCCGUCCAAUUCUCCCAAAUGGGUCACUCUGUUUAGCAAUUACUCGAAUGAAACGAGCUCGGGUCUUCGCGAUGAGGGAGACAGCUCAGUUGGGGAUUCUCAAAGAGUGAAAAAGAAGAAGAAGAGGGCAAAGAAGAAAAGAUUGGAUUUGAAGAGUGAAGAAAAUGAGGGUGAAGAUAAGGGCUUUGAGAGAGAAGCUGAAGAUUCCGGUUCUAUUUCGGGUCAAGUCAAGCCCGACUUAGUUUGUCUAUACCCAUUUACCUCAACGAGUAGUGCUACACAGAGGAAGAUCAAGCAGCAGUAUGAUCAGCUUGUUAAGUGCAAUGAAACUAAGGGAUUGACGCUAGCGCAGGUUGGUGAAUUUGCUAAUUGCUUGAUUGAAGCUAGAAAUGAGUUGCAACACAAGUCUGAGGUCAUCAAACGCAAGUUUACAAUCACAAAGGUUCUACUGUUAAAGGCACACAGGUCUUCAAUUGAUCGCCUUCGUCAACAGAUAUACAAGCUGGAGCUAGAACAGAAAAGAUUAGAAGAGGAUACCUUUGUUUAUAAUUGGCUUCAGCAACAACUUAAACUCUCACCUGCAUACAAAAAGAUGCUUGAAAUAAGUGCUUGCAUGGAGUUGAAGGCUAAGUCUGGUGAGCUGAUUGAGAGCGAUGAUGCUGAAGUUUCAGAUAUUUCCUUUGAAGAGCUAUUGGCACAAGAAAAGAAGGAUGCAUUUUGGCAGAAAAAUGGGAAGUCAAGGUUAUGCUCAAGCUGAUGAUAAUGGUGUUUUGUUAGCUGUACUGGAGGAUGGACUUAUUUUUAUUUUGACAGUAUGUAUAUCUGACACCCAAUCGUCGCAGGAAUUUUUUUUACUGCCUGUGCAAUCUUGGGUCUCCUUGUUGAAGGGAAUUGAGGUCAUUGUGUAUUGGAUCUCCUCUUUUUCCCUAGGCUUUUUUUUAGAAGCUAGUUAAUCCAUAAUAUGAUUGAUCUGGAUGAGUUUAGUGCA